UUGGUGUGCCGCCCACCACAGAUCUCUCCAUUAAACGUCCCAUUAGGCUCUGCAUCGAUUCUACAGAAUGCGGCAUCUGUUGCUGUUGUUCGUACUGUCCCUGGCUCUGUCGCUGGCCAAACCUGCCACGGAGGCGCCUCGCCUGCUCAUCGACUCUGCCCCCUCGGUGGUGGCCUACCAGGGCUCCUCCCAGACGCACACUCGCUUCGUCAUCGCGCCCAUGGGCAGGGCUCUGGGCUACGUGGAGCCCACGAAUCUCAACCGAACGUUCCACACGAAGCCCACGACACGGGAGGAGGGCUCCGGCUACGAUCUGCUCAAUCUGAGUCCGGUUUAUGUGCCGCAUAAUUGAUUAAAAUAGUGUAGAAAGUAUCUAGAUAGUUGAAUUGUGAAUGAAAAUACAGAGUAGCAAGGAAA